AUGAUGACUCAAAAGAAGGCGUACUACGAAGAGACGACUUCCCUGAACCUAGGCCCCGAAAAGUCUGAGCUCCCUGAAAUACUUUCCACAAUCGAUCCCUUAGAGACCGGCUUUGUGCCUUUCAUUCCCUUCCUAUCUUACGCUGCCAUCGCUAUUCACACCAAGGACGACUCAGAAGAGGAAGACAAUGGAGAUGAGGACGAUGACGACAAUUAUCACGACGAAAAUGAUCAAGAGCAGGUUAACGCGGCAUUCAAGCUCUUCACACACGGUGGACCGGGACCUAUAACUCUUGCGCACUUACGACGCGUAGCGAAGGAAUUGAAAGAAGAUGUACCGGAUGAUGUGCUGAAAGACAUGAUUCGCGAAGCAAAUGGUGGUGUGAAAGGAAAAGGGAAGGACACUGGCGGCGUCGGCGUCGAAGAUUUUGAGAGUGUUUUGAGAAGGGCGGGAGUGUCGUUCGGCUAG